CAUUAUUACUUGGUGAUCAAACUGACUUGUUUUCGGUUUGUUUGCUAAUUAUUGAACUCUCACUAGAGCAAGGAUUUAGUAAUGCGCUCCCUGAGGAACUGAAGACAGGAAAAUGGAAUGUGUACAGAUCUUCUCGCUCUCCGUUGAAGCUUGUUAGUAGAUUUGCAGAUCAUCCUGAUAUUGGUACCUUACAUGACAAUUUUGUGCUCUCGGUUAAGGCGUCUCCAGACUGCAAAUACUUAGGAUCACGAGUUCGAGAAGAUGGAACAGUAGGAGAGUACAAAUGGAUGACAUACGGGGAGGCAGGUACUGCACAGUCAGCAAUUGGUUCGGCACUAGUUUGUCAUAAGAUAACAAAGGGAUCUUGUGUUGGUUUGUAUUUCAUCAACCGACCAGAAUGGCUGAUAGUCGACCAUGCCUGCUCUGCAUAUUCAUAUAUUUCUGUUCCUUUAUAUGAUUCUCUUGGUCCAGAAGCUGUAAAAUAUAUUGCAAACCAUGCAGCAAUUGAAGCUAUAUUUUGUGUGCCAGAAACAAUAAAUCAUUUGCUUAGCUUCUUAUCGGAGAUUCCUUCACUGCAUUUAAUUGUGCUAGUUGGAGCGGUAGAUGGGAGAAUUCCAUCACUUCCACCGUCAUCUGGAGUGGAGAUCAUAGCAUAUUCAAAACUACUUAGUCAGGGUCUCAGCAAUCUUCAGCCCUUUUGCCCACCAAAACCUGAGGCUGUUGCUAUGAUAUGCUAUACAAGUGGUACUACUGGGACCCCAAAGGGUGCUGUUUUGACCCAUGCAAACCUGAUUGCAAACGUUGCUGGUAUGAGUAUCGGCAUCACACUGUACUCUUCAGAUAUUUACAUCUCAUAUCUUCCGCUGGCACAUAUAUAUGAGAGGGCUACCCAAGUAUUGCUGGUCUAUUUUGGAGGAGCUUCUGGAUUCUAUCAGGGAGUAUGCGACUUAAACUAGAAUGCUUUCUGUAUUUUCUUGUAGCAGUCAUUUCAUGAACCGUAUUUGUCAAGCCUAUGGAUUAUUCUAGCUCGGAUGCAUCCAAAACUGUAUAUUAUUCUUGUUGCUUAGUAUUUUCGACAUGAAUUUGUUCAAAAAAUGGCUUGCUUGAAAUCAUGAAAUA